ACAGCACAAAAAAUACAUGAACGAUGAAAGUAAAUUAUCUAGUGUAUGUUGCCAUUGGGUGCUUGAUCAUGAUGCCUUUUAUGGGGGAUACCAUGCCAAUGAUAGCCAAUGAAGGUGUCACGAAACUGAGCGAAGAAACUGAUGCCUCCUCCGCCAGACAGCCUCAUAGCGAGCAGCUGCUAAUGAAGGGUAUCACUGAAGCUGAAUAUCUGGAUCGGCAGGACAUGCAGAUGGCGGCAGAUAACUCUGAUCUGGGCCUUCGCAUGUUUCCCAUAGUAUAUCGAAGCGAGCCGCCUCCUCGUGAAGCACCUCGCAGCACUGGACCACCCCAGUUGGAAAAUAAGUGGACUAGACGGUCUAGUGUCGAUCCCCUCCUCAACUUCUGGGCCAAGGCCGAGGAUAAAGUAACUAAAGGAACUACUAAGUUACUACCAAGAAAAUAUGACGAAGUGGAGGCUGAAGCUGGCAAAGAAAGUGAUGGUGCUGGUGCUAGUGCUGGUUCUGGUACCGGUGCUGGUGCUGUCGAUCAGAGAGCUGGUACAGAGAUGACCAUAUCCGUGCCGCGAUACGUGACUGAUCAUAUGGGUAAUUGGGUAUUCAAUCCGUGGGGCGUCACCUUCGGCGAUGUUUGGGAAGAUACUCGUUUCCAGUUUGAAGGCAGAAAUUGGUUGCCAUGGGUCCAGAUAGAUUUACCCGAACGUGGCGAGUAUCGGAUGGAAAAGCUUCAUGGAUCAGUGUGCCAGGGCAAGUCGACCGUUUACAACCGUCCCAGAAUAUACAAAUGGUUUCCACGGUAUAUUGAUACGAAAAAACGCAAUCACCGGAACAUCCUACUUAAUCUGAGAUCGGAGAUCUACAAAGAUGGCAGAUCCGAGAACUGCCACACCGCGGACUUAGACGAUUGGUACGCGUACAUGCACUGCUCUCUAUUGCGAAAUAUGCGGAUGGACUAUUUGGUACCCAAUUAUCCUCUCCACCGUUGGUAUAACACCGAGUAA